AUACGUGUGUCUGUACGUGACAUGAACUGCUUUGUUUAUCCUUUCAGUGAGAAAAUCUGUGUUUUGAUUUCCAGGCGAUUCUUCAUUCUAAAGUCUGAAGCAUCAAACGGCUAUCCACUGACCCAGGGGAAAAAAAUCGCUCCUUUAAGCUCGAAGACGAUAAAGAUGGGAUUUUUAUUGACGAUCAGAGGUGAUUCCAUGGUGAAAGCAGUGAUGAUUGCGGUAUUAUGUGUUUUUGCGACGUGGGUUGCGCCAAUAAAUUGCGCUGGUAGAGGAAGAAUCCCUAGAAAUUCUUCUUCUUCUUCCCUUUCAUUUCCGCGGAGGCCAAGAGUUGUGAAUGUUGGAGCUCUCUUCACGUACGAUUCUUUCAUUGGAAGAGCUGCUAAGCCUGCUUUAAUGGCGGCCGUGGAUGAUGUUAAUGCCGACCAGACACUUCUUAACGGAUCGAAGCUUAACCUCAUCUUCCACGACACGGACUGCAGCGGAUUUGUCGGCACCAUGGGAGCCUUGCAGCUGAUGGAAACAGAGGUGGUUGCAGCCAUUGGUCCGCAAUCUUCUGGAAUUGCUCACAUAAUCUCCCACAUUUGUAAAGAGCUCAACGUACCCAUCUUGUCGUUUGCAGCCACUGACCCAACUCUCUCCUCUUUCCAGUUCCCUUAUUUCCUUCGGACCACGCAGAAUGACUACUUCCAGAUGUAUGGGAUCGCCGACUUUGUAUCCUACUUCGGAUGGAGAGAAGUUGUGGCCAUCUUUGUGGACGAUGAGUAUGGUCGGAACGGGAUAUCUGUUCUUGGUGAUGCCUUGGCCCAGAAACGGGCCAAGAUCUCUUACAAGGCUGCAUUCACUCCCGGGGCAGAUAAAGACACCAUAAACGAUGUCCUGGUCUCGGUUAAUCUGGUGGAAUCUCGUGUCUACGUUGUCCAUGUGAACCCUGACUCAGGUUUAAACGUAUUUUCGUCUGCAAAGUCUCUUGGAAUGAUGGGCAGUGGCUAUGUCUGGAUUACCACGGAUUGGCUUCCGACAGUUUUGGAUUCCAUGGAGCUUGUCGAUGCUGACACGAUGGAUCUCUUGCAAGGAGUGGUUGCUUUUCGCCAUUACACGCCAGAGAGUGAUAGGAAAUCGAGGUUUAAGACAAGGUGGAAGAGUUCAGUAGAUGGCGGCGGCUUCAAUUCUUAUGCAUUAUACGCUUAUGAUUCCAUCUGGCUGGUUGCUCAAGCUCUCGAGGUUUUCUUCAGCCAUGGAAACUCCGCGAGUUUCUCCAAUGAUCCGAAUCUGCGCCAAACAAACAGCAGCAGCACCCUCGAGUUAUCGAGGCUAAAUGUUUUCAACGAAGGAGAGAGGUUUCUACAGAUGAUCCUCGGGAUGAAUUUCACAGGUCUAACCGGGCAAAUCCAGUUCGAUUCAGACAGGAAUCGGGUCCAACCUGCUUAUGAUGUCUUAAACAUAGAAGGGACAGGUCCACGCAGAGUCGGGUACUGGUCAAACCAUUCGGGUUUCUCAGUCGAGCCUCCAGAGACAUUGUACUAUAAACUUCUGAACACUUCUGCAGUAAACCAACGCCUUUACGGGAUCAUAUGGCCAGGUGAAGUAACACAGACUCCUCGAGGAUGGGUGUUCCCGAACAACAGGAAGCCACUUCGGAUCGUGGUUCCUAACCGUGUCAGUUACAAAGACUUUGUUUCCCAGGACAAGAACCCACCUGGUGUUAGGGGUUAUUGCAUCGACGUGUUUGAAGCUGCCAUUGCAUUGCUUCCGUAUCCUGUUCCACAUACGUAUAUUCUGUACGGAGAUGGAAAGAGGAAUCCUUCGUACGAUGAUCUUGUCUAUGAGGUUUCUGCAAAUAAAUUUGAUGCAGCGGUUGGGGACAUAACCAUCGUUACAAACAGGACAAAGGUCGUGGAUUUCACACAACCAUUUAGGGAGUCAGGGCUGGUGGUGGUGGCUCCGGUCAAGGAGGCGAAGUCCAGUCCAUGGUCGUUUCUAAAGCCGUUCACGCUAGAGAUGUGGAUUGUCACUGGCGUCUUCUUUCUCUUCGUCGGAGCCAUCGUCUGGAUUCUCGAGCACCGUUUCAACCAAGAAUUCCGUGGCCCUCCCAGACGACAACUCAUCACCAUCUUCUGGUUUAGCUUCUCAACAAUGUUCUUCUCUCACAGAGAGAAUACUGUCAGCACGUCGGGGAGGUUGGUGCUGAUCAUAUGGCUGUUUGUAGUUCUGAUCAUCAACUCGAGCUACACGGCAAGUCUCACUUCGAUCCUCACUGUACAACAGUUGACAUCCCGGAUCAGAGGAAUAGACACCCUGAUAACGAACAACGAGCCCAUCGGUGUUCAAGAUGGGUCGUUCGCCUGGAAAUACCUUAUCAAUGAGCUUAACAUAUCGCCAUCGAGGCUUGUCUCGCUCAGGGACCAAGAAGAGUAUCUCUCUGCUCUUCAACGUGGUCCCAGAGGCGGUGGUGUGGCUGCCAUUGUUGAUGAGCUUCCUUACAUCGAGCUCUUCUUGUCCAACGCCAACUGCAAGUUUCGCACGGUUGGACAAGAAUUCACCCGCACUGGCUGGGGAUUCGCAUUCCAGAGAGAUUCUCCUCUAGCGGUGGACAUGUCGACUGCAAUCCUGCAGCUAUCAGAAGAAGGGGAGAUUCAGAAAAUCCAUAACAAAUGGCUUACCCACAAGGACGAAUGCUCCAUGCAGAUCUCAGAUGCCGAGGAUACUCAGCUCUCGCUGAAAAGCUUCUGGGGGCUCUUCCUUAUCUGUGGCAUCGUUUGCUUCCUAGCCCUCACUGUCUUCUCCUGUAAAAUCUUCUGCCAGUACCGAAGGUUAAGGCAUGAAGGUGGCGUUGAGGGAAGGGCGGGUGACGAGCCCGAGCCUUCUGGUUCAAGGAGAGGUUUACGGGCAACGAGUUUCAAGGAUUUGAUCAAGAUUGUGGAUAAGAGGGAAGCAGAUGUCAAGGAGAUACUUAGGCAGAAAAGUAGCAAGAAACUCAAAGCUAGCCAGAGUUCAGAUGGGCAUUCUCACUCGAAAAGCUCAGAAACUACUCCCUAAACAAAUAGAUAUAUCCUAAGAUUUUGUAAAAGAAAUAGCUGAGGGAAGAAGAUCCAUAACUCAGUGAUGAAAAUACUUUCUACAAUGCAAGUUCAUUUUUUCUGUAUUCGGGGCUCAUAUUUCAGAGAAAAAGAAGCACACUGACCAUGACAACAGAAUCAGUCAUGGAAUUCUGGGUAUCGGUUUAUUGCAUUGUGUCCUUUAUUGAAAAACAUUAUGGCUGCUACAUGUUAAGGGAAAUGCAUAAAAUGAAAGACUU